CCCUCGCCGCCGCACUCGGGGCCUGCUGCGCCGGUCCGCCCGCGGUGCUUUGCUAACAGGACUAAAUCAAAGUAGAUGGUUGUACAUCAGGUCCUCCAGUGGACUGACAUAUGAAGGUCCAUCUGUCUAUGUGUGCCCGCUCUUCCUUGAGAGAUGUCCAAUGUUUCCAGUUAUGCACUUCGAAUGGCCCGACUGAGUUCUCAGAUAUUUGGAGAAGUUGUCAGGCCAACUGACUCAAAAUCUAUGAAAGUGGUAAAGUUAUUCAGUGAGCAGCCUUUGCCCAAGCAGAAGGAGGUCUACAGCUGGUAUCCUCCUCACAACACCUACUAUGCCCUCAUGAAAAAACUCCGUUACUUUGGUCUCUACAGAGAUGAGCAUCAGGACUUUAAGGAGGAGAUGAGGCGACUGAAAAAGCUGCGUGGGAAAGAAAAACCAAAGAAGGGGGAAGGAAAGAGAGCUCUCAAGAAGAAAUAGUGCCACUUGGACAGUAUAAUGAACUACUAUGGAAAUGCUGGAGAAUAGCUGUAAUCCAGGCUUUCUGUUCCCAGCUGGAGAGAGCUUGGCAUGUGAGCUGCAUGUGCAGCACAAGAAACACUGUGAAAUACUGGAGUCCACCUUGGGAGUUCAUUUGGGUCUUUGUGGUUCUAUUGUUUUUGAAUUCCUGUAGUUUAAAUAUACUGUAUAUUGGAGCACAUUAAUUUGUCAGAGCCCUCUCUUACCCAAGUAGUAAAAACAAUAGUAUAAAAGAAGUGCUCAGUGUUUUUCUUGAAACACCUGUAGCUGUUUCAGUUUUUCUGAUCUGGAAAAUAAUUUGUUUUUUAUUGUCUGCUUUACUUUCUUGGAUUAAUAGCAAUACUGUUUUGCAUGUGGACACAAAAAAUAAGCUUUCUUGCUUCUACUGCUGCUUGUCAUCUUGCCUGUUAUAAUGAGUUUCACUUUGAGUAGCUUUAGUGUAUUUUAAGUUGCUGUUAGAAUCUAUUCUGCAUUUUGCACUGGACAAUACUUCAUGGUCCAUUGCCUGCCCACAGCACUCUUACUGUACCUGGAAUAUUUAGGUACUGCAACGGAAGAGGAUGAAAUAUGAAGCCUCAAGCUGUUUUCCAGUUUGAGACCCCCUAUUAAUUAAAAUACAAUAUUUAAGUUUACUGUAAUAAAAGGAUUUUGAAUUUAUUUUGAUUGCCUGGAGGGCAUGUAUGAAGUACUUCAUAAGGUCAUGAGUAGUUUUACUGGUAUGUAGUUUUAUCACUAGGCUCCUGCAGUGUUGCUAAUAUUGAUGAUUGCAUACAUCUCCCAUUCUUCCCUACCAGUCCCUGUCAGGGAGCAGAAAGUAGGGAAUGCAGUUGUGCUGCUCUGCCUGGCCAUGUGUGCAUCUUGCCUGUGUGUGCUGUGAAAUGGGGUCUUUUAAUUUCCAGACGUGUAAGCUUAGAGGAACAUCCUUGAGGUAGUAAAGGAGAGCUACUAAAAAUGUGGAGUGACCGAAGCAGAAAGUAUUUCCACAGUUAGCUUGGGGUAUGCUUGAUUUUGUGUACAGAGGCAUUCUGAAGUAGGGAGCAAUGCUAACCUACAGACACUUCUAAACCAAGCUUGUUCAAAUUUAAGUUUAUUUGAAGGGAUCUGUCUGAUCAUUGACAUCAGUGGAUCUACAUAAACUUGUAACAGCUCAACUACUGUACUUUACCAAGGUUAUUAAUUGAAGAGGUGUGCUGAUUGUAUUAAAGGUGUUUCUGUUGAGCUCUGUAGUUCUUGUUCAGUAUCCUUACUAAGUGUUACUUGGUUUUCUAAGCUGUAAGAGAAGCUGAAUUUAGGAGAUCUGCAGUGUUCAGGGAGAAGUGCCUGCAUUCUUGCCACAGUCAACAAAAUGCUAUAGUAGUAAAAUAUGUAUCUGCUCCGUACUGUAGUGGUAAGUUUCAUUUAAAAUCCUUUUAGUAACUUAAAACUUUUGCUCAACUCUAAUGUGCCUAUGGCAUUUUAGUGUUGUGUUGCCUAUGGGUCAUGACUUGUCUGGUACAGAAGUACACAGAGCUUGUGAUGGGCCCUUGGAGAAGUACGUGGUUCUUGGGACAUGUGUGCAGCCAGGGGAAGCGGUCUGGUUCCCUUGAAUUCUUCUUCAGGAAGAAGAGCGGCAUGGAGCCACAUACUAGGUAGGAGAGAGAAUUGCCCAAGUAGGAAGGCUGCUGCUGCCUGACACUGCUUCUGGCUCUGAGGGGUGAAGUUGGUCAGCUGCCUGCUUUGGAGGAGAGAAAGACCAGUUUUGAACUGCUUCGGUGGAAUUACUACAAUGGCUUUGCGCAGCUGGUGACUGUACUUACAACAGCCUUGUUGGCAAGAAUUUGACUUCUAAAACUAAACCAAAGAUCAAUAAAAAUG